AUGGAAAGACUGUUUCGGUGGGCCCGCCGCAUCAAAUGCAACGAGACCCCCGUAGCAUGCCGUAACUGCUCAUCGAUCGGUCGACAAUGCGACGGCUACGACGUCCACCGACUGCCCCCUAAACUCAAAUCGACGGGCAAGAAAAUGACCCUGACCGCUCCACCAAAGCUGCUGGGGCUGGCCGGCGAGCCCAGCCAGGCGCUGGACCGGCUGGACUGGACGAUGACCUCUGACGAGCGGCGGUGCGUGGCCUUCUUCCAGCACCACACGGUGCCCACCCUGCUGGAGUUCUUCGACUCCACCCUGUGGCAGAAUCUGGUGCUGCAGCUGAGCCGCUCCGAGCCGCCCGUCUACCACGCGAUCGUGGCGCUGAGCGCCAUCCACGAGAAAUCGGAGGCCAACGGGAUGCCGCUGGCCACGCCGACCGAUUUCGCUGCCCAAAACCCCUGGCACCAGUUCGCGCAAGACCAGCUGGCGCGGGCGAUCACUCUGCUCAACCGACGCAGCGCCUCGCAGGACCCGCGCUUCCGCGAGGUGAUCCUGGUGUGCUGCCUGCUGUUCGUGCUGGCACACCUGCUGCGGGGGCAGUACGACAGCGUGUUCGCGCAUCUACGGAGCGGCCUGCUGAUCCUCCAGGAGCUGCAGCAGAACGGCGAGUUCGGGAAUCGCGCCUCGUCGCGGGGUUCACCCCUCCACCCACCCACCCAGCCUUCCCACCAUGAUCCCGCCACCACUACCACCACCAACCCCAACUCCCCAACGCAACCCUUCCAAUCCCUCCCAGAAGCCCGCGCGGCCUUCGACACCCUCCUCCGCACCUCCUACCGCUUCAGCGCCCCAAGCAUGGGUCUCACCGCCCCGCAGAUCUCGGCCAACUACGCCGCGCUCCAAACCGAGCAACACGCCGUGUGGAGCGAAGCGACCCUCUUCGCGCAGCGGUUCCGCCCCUUCUACAGACACGCCUACCCGGACCUCACGGCCAAGGAGCAGCGCGGCGCCGCCAUCAUCAAUCUGCACCUCGUCUGCCUGCGCGUCUGCCUGCACUCGUGCCUGCUGGGCAGCAACUGCGCGGCGCUGGCGCACUACCGGGCCGACCUGCAACACACGUGCGAGCUGGUCGAGGCCCUGAUGGCCACGUUCCCGGACCAUCGGCCGAGUUUCACGCUGGAGACGGGAGUUCUCCCGCCGCUGUAUCUGGCGGCCAUUCUGGGGGAUGAUUACCGUGUGCGGUGGCGCGCGAUCGGGCUGCUGCGGAGCUGGCCGCACCGCGAGGGCCCGUUUGAUUCGAACUGGUUGGCGUCGCUGGCGGAGGAGGCGUUGUUGUUGGAUUUGAGGCGGAGGUGUGAGGCGGAGGCUGGGUUUGGGGCGGUGGUUUUGGUUCCGCGGGGUGGGGAUGCAGAGGACGAUUUGACGGCGGAUGAUCUCUUCCGUGAACUGCGGGGGGUUCGUCGCAGGAAGCUGGAGAUGUUGUUGCGGACGAAACGGCUGCGGAAGCCUGCGCUUGAUGAGGAUGUGGACGUGGAGGUGGACGCGGACGCGGUGGGGUGGGAUCCGUUGGAUGCGGUCGGCCCGGUUAAGGGGAUGGGGAGUUGGUCGUGUGUGAGGGCGUUUCAUGCGGCGACGCGGGGGAGUCUCCAGCAUCAAACUUCUAUGCCUUCCCUAACCCCCUCCCCAAACCACCCGGACACCAACCCCAUCCCUACUCAUAAACCCUCUUCCCCCUGA